CGAAGGCGUCAGGGUGUAAACACACAUAUUCACUUCCCUUCACCUUGACAAAUUUCUGUUUAAUCUAUUAAUAAUUUUUUAUUAGUGUAUACUCUGAUAUUUUGGAAUAGCUCAGAUUUAGAGGCAUGGCUCUGCUGAAAUCUGGCUGGCUCUGGCGACAGUCGUCCAUCCUCAGGCGCUGGAAGCUGAACUGGUGUGACCUCUGGAUAGAUGGGAGUCUGAUGUUUUACAAGACCGACUCAAGGAAGGAGUAUGAGACUAGAGUGAGUCUGAAGAGCAUGUGCAUGAACGUGAAGUCCGGCCUGGAGUGCGCAGGUGUGUCUCCACCAGAGAGCCACCCGAGGGAGAACCUGCUGGUCUUGUACCUGAAGGACGGCUCCUCUGUUUUCCUGUGUGCUAACAGUGAGGAUGAGGCUCUGGCGUGGAAGCUGACCAUCAUGGAAGCAAAGCAAAGUCCUUUUUAUAGCUAUGAUCCCUAUAAUGACACAUACCAGUCAGUUCCUGUUGACGGACACAAUGCUGUGUACAUCACACCAGGCAAUGGCAAUGGAGGCACACACCAUGUCUGGGUGCACAGGGAGCGCUGUGACGACUGGAUCGGAGAGCAGAUAGCACUGGGUUUGCUGGCUGGCAUGGCAGCGGGCACUGUGCUGCGCUCAUUCCUCUGGAUGCCUCUGUGGUAUUGCUGAUACACUCGGUUGUAUAGAGGCAAAUCCCAUCUUAAGCCAGUUGCUGAGAGGCAAUAGAAAAAGAUCUGCUCCUGUAGGCUAUACGCAGCUGGCCAAAUGUGUAAUGUAUAUACAAACAUAUAACCAGUUACCAUGGUUGUGUGAAUAAGUGAGAAAGUAUCAUUUAGAAGAACAUUGCAGUACUGUCACAUGGGGGAUUGUAUGUACAUUUGGACCAUUUUCCUUUUUAUUUUGCUCUUUGACAGUAGGUUAAAGUCAAGUCAAAAUGCCUUUGUGUAAAAGUAACACCAAUUACAUAGUUUGGAGUGACUAAUAUUAUUUUAUUAUAAUCAAUUACUGGUUCAUAAUUUUAGUGCUUCACUUAUUUUAUAAGAUAUUCAUGUUAUUGUGAAUCAGAUUUAUUUCAUUUAAUAAAAAAUAAGAGGAAAUGUAUACACUCCCACUUUGAUGUAUAAUUGUAUGUACUGACAAAAUAUUUAUUUGAAGUUGGCUUUUUUAAUGCUACAAUUAAAUAUU